AUGUCGGGUGAACCAGCCAGUAAGAAACAGAAAGUUGAGGACGGAGUUAAGGUAAGUUUACAUUAAGUUUGCUUGAAUUAAAGGAAUUUUAAGUGUUUGAACUUACUUAUCUUUUAUUUGGUGUUAUAGCAAAUGUUUUAAUUCUCGACAGUUCUUGAAUUUACGGGACAUUUUUCACAAUUUUAUUUCAGGACACCUUUGAUGAAGCAACACAAAAGUCUCUGGAGGCUCUUGAUCAAGUUCAAGGUGAACUAGACGCGCUGAAUGAGAAGGCUAGUGCUGAAAUCAUAGAGAUCGAGAAGAAGUACAUUCAUCUGAGGGAGCCAUUUUUUGUAGAUAGACAGAAACUAAUAGCGAAAAUACCUAACUUCUGGAUCACAGUGGUAUGUUGAUUCUAUUACGUCUAUUACUUGAAUUUUAGUUUACGAAUCAUCCGAUAUUGAACCAACUAUUGACAGAAGAGGACGAAGAAGCUCUGCAUUACUUGAGCACGCUCAACGUAGUAUGUUUUUGUUUUUUUGAAUUAAUUUACUAGGUCUUUGAAACAACACUGUUUAUGCAACAUCAUAUUUUCAUAUUUUAUCAUUUCUAGUUAUAUUAUUUUAGGUAGAAGAGUUUGGGGAUGGUAAGAACGGAUUCAAAAUAAAGUUUUCAUUCGACACCAACCCGUUUUUCAACAAUUCCGAGAUAGUGAAGGAGAUAAUAACUCCAAAUAACGGAGAACCUCAGGCAUCAUGUACCAAAAUCGACUGGAAACCCAACAAGGAUGUAGGAUUUUGAGUUUAUAUUGAAGUAGAUCUUGAAAAACGCCCAAUUCGGUGUGAGUAACGUUUGUCUCGUUUCAGUUGACACAAACUAAAGAUCGUAAUGCACCCAGCUUCUUUUUAUGGUUGGUUGAUGUUUCAGAGCCAGGAGAUGAGAUAGCAGAGGUAAGGUACUCUUUUUUGUAUGUUUGUGGAAUAUUAGGUACAUUUUGCCAAUUUCGUUAAUUAGGUAGGAAAAUCAAAAAGGCUAGUUGUUUUUGAUCUACAUUAUACUACAUGCAAAUAUUUUUAAAACUAGCUUUAUGUACCAAUUUGAAGUUUUUCUUUUUAGUUAACAAUUUUACGCUUUAGGCAAAAAUUUAAUACAUUUUUAUGUUAAUUAUCUCCUGUUUUCAGGUGUUAAAAGAUGAAGUUUGGGUAAAUCCAGUGCAAUUCUUUUUAAUGCCAGACCUAGCUGGUGACACGGAGGACUCCGAUGUCGAAGAAGAUGAUCUCCAAGAGUAA